AUGUCGCGCACCGCGGAGACCGUGGAGGAGCUAGCGCGGCGCUACUACCUUACGACAGCGCUUGUGGAGGAAGCGGGGCGUCUCUUUGAUACUUACGCUGGAAGAGGAGAUGCGCUGCCGGCGAACAGUAACAAGGAGCCCUUUAUCACGGUGCCUGGGCUGCAGCAGCUUAUGGUGAAGAUGGGCACCCCCAUGUCGCAGCAUGACGUGGGAGAGCUACUCCGCUUCUUGGGUAGCGCCGCUGCUGUCGCUGUCAAGGACGAAGUUGAACUGUCAGACGGUCCUGCCAACGGCCAACAGUCUCCGGCGGGAAAGGGGACUCGUUCUCCCGUAGCGGCGACGGCAACUACAAGUCAGCAGCCUUCAUCACGUCAGAGAAAAAAGAAAGGCGGUGCCACGGCGCAGAAGACCGGCGCCAAAGGUGCCUUUGAAUCCUCGACGAAGCUCGGUGCAGACCACAGCCCAGGUUGUGGAGCCAUUAGUGACACUGCAUCGGCGAACUCAUCGCCGUUGGUGGCGCCGCUACUUGUCACGGCACCUCCCUCUGCGGUCGCAGCGGAGGGCAUGGAUUUUUCCGCCUUUGUGUACUUUCUUUUGGUGUACCCUGAACUCUCUCGACGAGCCUCGGGGAUGGCGGCAACCACAUCGAUCAGCGCCGCCACACGGAGCAGUCUCCAUGUCAGUAUUCCAGAGCUCUUUGCGACGAUCGACGCGGACGCAGAUGGGGUAUGGAGCGUGCACGACCUACGCCACGCUGCCGAGGUGUGCGUGAUGGAAGAUGAUGGGCUCCUUCGGGAAGACCCCGAUCUGUGUCGCUUGGCAGAAAUGCACCCGGCGGAGUUCGCGGUCGUCCUUCACGAGCUGGACGUUGAUGGGGACGGCGUUGUGACUUUAGACGAUGUACGGCAGGCACUGUAUUACUGA